AUCCCCAGUUCUUGUAGAACACUUUUGUCAUUGUUCAUUGAUAACUUAUUCACGCGUUGCAAUCAUAAGGCCUAUUAUUAAGAAGGGGUUAAGAUUGCGUUUAGGGGGGAAGGGUGCAGCUCACUUUUAUACUUUUAGAGACAGGUGUGAACCUGAUUGGUUAAACAUUAUAAUAGAUAAGAGCUAUUGUAUGAUUAAUUGAUAUUCUUGAAUAUUUGUUAUACAUCUGAAAAAAGUAUUGACCAUUUAGUCUUAGAACUUCGUCUAAGAAUCAUUUCGUGGUGAAGAAAAAUAUGUUGUAGAAAAUUGUGAGCCGUACUUUUGUGUGUGCGUGUGAAUUGUGAACUGCGGAAGAAUACGAAGAUACUUGACGUCUUCUGCCUCUUUGUUUAAAAGGUUUUGAAUAAUACCUUACAUCAUGACAACUUGCAGUCGCUCAAGAAUUUUUGAAAUUCGAAAUUCGUAUCGUAGAAUUAUUUUUGAAACACCUCAUAGGAUCAAUAACACCCAGGACUCAAACACGCUGAAGGCUGGGACAAAUUCACCUGCAAGAAGUGCCAGUGUUGCAAAUAAAAGAAGAAUCAAACUCAAGCAGAGAGCUCGUGCAUGCCAUCCAAGUGAAGAACACACAUCGAAUAAAUCUGUACGAAAUAAAGACUUUGGUGUUCUUGAGGACUGCGCUCUGUGUUUAAACAUGGAAUAUGACUGGCCACAUCUCUUGCCAUGUGGGCAUAUUUUUCACAACGUGUGUGUAUCCAAUUGGUUAAAACGCAAUAAUACUUGUCCUGUAUGCUUUCGAAAUUGGGAAAAUCAAGUUCACACCAAUCAAGUGCCUAACUCUCAUUCUGAUGAUGACACGCACAGAAAUCCUAUGCCUGACUCUUUGGCAACGAGCGUACAUAUGCCUUCCACCCGAAUUAAUGAUACUUCAGAAUUGGAUACCUGUAGGUCAGCAGAUAAAGUUUGCAGUGUACUCAGAGGACGAGUUAAAAAGUCUAUUCACCGCAGAAGAAAAGUUCGAGCCCUGCAGUCGAUUGAACAACUGGCACUUAAAAAAGAAAUAUUGGAUAGUGUCGUUCUGAAUAACAGUGUUCCAGUAUGUGGUGUCUCUGACGUGCUGUCACCUGAUGAACCACAGUCCAGUGAUCCUGAUAUCAUAAUUGAUGGUGAAUUCAUAUUAAUUGAUUGUACUGAUUCUAUUGCCAUCUUUGAGGAAGAUGUAAUAUAAGACAAUGUAGAGUUUGAGAGUCUCAUUGAAAGUGUUUAAAAAUUAUUUUAACGAAUAGCUCACCUAUGAUUUGUGUAUUAUCAAAAAUAUUUUUUUUUCAAAUUGUACAGUUAUUUUUUUAAUAUUUACAUUUAAUUUUUGACAUUAAGCUAUGAGUAAUUUUUAUUCUGUAUUACUUUUAUAU